AUGAUAAGAGACGAGGCCACAAGGAAUGGCUAUUGGAAUCGAAUCAAAAAUGGCGAAUACACCCAACAAAUAUGGUCUGCAUCCGGAAAUCGAUUUGAACUUUCACCACAUGGCUCCUGGUGGUGGGGAAGCGGUUUGCAAGGUGUUGUUGGUUGUGAAGAAAAAGCACCGUGGUACAAAACGGUGCAACAGCUUGCACAAAACAUAGGUAUGUGCCAAGAUGUGGUCAUGAUAAAUAAAAGCAUUAUCUACGUCGAACCCCACACGGGAUCAAUACAACAAUGGCACACUGACCUGCGAGAGACGGGCGAUAUUGUGGUGCUAGUUGCAUUGACACACCACAAAGGUAUGGGUGGGACUGGUUUUCUGACUGACGCACAUUCAUGCGAGGAAGUGGUCAAAGCGGAGAAAGCUGGGACGCCCUGCAUUGAUUUUGAGGAUUCAAAUAUAUACACAGCAACCUACCAAAAUAUCGGAGACGCGGUCGUCUUUAGCUGGGAAACCUUUCACCGAGGAAUGGGAAACAAUCAUGAGACUGAGCCUAGGCUACUCCUGGCGUUGAACUAUGGAAUACAGCUGGCAGACGGUUCCUUGAACGAUGUUUGGAACCCAGGAUCCAUACCAUCGGUCUACCUUUUUGAUGAAAAGAAAGCAAAAGGCAAACCUGUGGCCAGACAGGAUAGCAGAUUCACCAAGAUAACUCUUGGUAAGAUAAUCGGUAAGAAGAAGGUGUCAGGGAAGAUUUUAUACACCCUCCAAUUUGAGGACGACGAAACCAAGGCUGUUGGUGCAAGGGAGCUGUCCCACAUGCGAAACCUUUACUUUGACUUUCAAAGUGGCGCCGUAUCAACAAAAAACUGCAUUGCCAAAGAAUUCGAGGGUGAUAUCUAUUUUGGUAUGCUGCACGGAAAAACAACAGUGCCUGCGGAGAAUGGAAAGAAUUAUACGCGGUAUCAUAUAGUCUACUCUGAUGGGGACACCGAGGAAAUGAACGAACCGGACUUUGAAGAAGCACGAGAACUUUGGAGUAGAAUAAACUCCAAGAACUAA